UUGAAGAAGAAAUACAAAAUGAGCACUGAUCCUCAAGACGCUAUCAAGCAGUUUCUGUUUUUGAUGGGAACUGUUGAUGAGCAGAUGAAGGCUACGUUUCAGAACAUGCAUCAUGGUUAUCCAACUGAAACUUUAGUGCGGUUUCUCAAAGCAAGAGAUUGGAAUGUUCAGAAAGCCCAUAAAAUGUUAAUUGAUUGCUUACAAUGGAGAAUACAGAAUGAGAUUGACAACAUAUUAGCAAAACCGAUUAUCCCGACGAACAUGUAUAGAGCAGUGCGAGAUUCUCAGCUUGUAGGAUUGUCGGGCUACUCAAAAGAGGGUCUUCCUAUCAUUGCUGUUGGUGUUGGGCUUAGCACAUAUGAUAAGACAUCGGUGAAUUACUAUGUACAGUCGCACGUCCAGAUGAAUGAAUAUCGAGAUUGUGUGCUAUUGCCUACGGCCACAAAAAAAUAUGGACGGCAUAUCAGUACAUGUCUGAAGGUUUUGGACAUGACUGGCUUGAAGCUUUCAGCACUGAAUCAAAUAAAGAUACUUACCACUAUAUCAACAAUUGAUGACCUGAAUUAUCCUGAGAAGACAGAGACAUAUUAUAUCGUCAAUGCACCGUAUAUAUUUUCGGCAUGUUGGAAGGCUGUAAAACCUCUCUUGCAAGAAAGGACGAAGAGGAAAAUUCAGGUGCUUCAAGGCUCUGGAAAGGAUGAGUUGCUGAAGAUAAUGGAUUAUUCAUCCCUCCCACAUUUUUGUAGAAAAGAAGGCUCUGGAUCAGCACGUCGCGGCAGCAAUGUAACCACAGACAAUUGUUUCUCAUUGGAUCACGCCUACCAUCAACAGCUUUACAGUUACAUAAAGCAAAAAGCUACACUUAAAGAGACAGGUUCGCCGGUCAAAGAGGGGUCAGUUCACGUAGAAUUUCCCCAGCCAGAUCCAGACGAUACCAAAAUCGCACAGACAAUUGAAUCCAAGUUUCACAAGCUUGCAGACCAUAAUGGUCUGUGCAACUCCAUAAAUGACCUUAAAUUUGGUCAUUAGAUUUUAGAUAGAACCGGUUACGUAACUGUCACAUUCGAACUCAUCUACCACAGAAUGAGAGGCAUUGUAUUUCAUCUCCCGCAGAUUUUAGAUAAUAGCGCAUGCCUUUUGGCUUUAUGAGAUUCUGUAUGAAACAAGACCCUCACACUUCUACUAAAUGCAGCUUUCUUCAAUAAUUUUCUUAA